GCUGGGUCUCAGCCCACUAAUAAUAAUUCGGCCCAUCACAUCUAGGGUUUUCAAUAAGUACCACAGCAUAUUAAAGCACUCUUCCUCUAAUAUUUCUCAUCGCUUGCUAGGGUUUUAGCGAUCGCCAUUUUCACACACGCACACACAUACACAGUGCGCCGACGAGAGAGAAAAAGUAAGCAAAGAUGAAGACAAUUUUGUCCUCGGAGACCAUGGAUAUCCCCGACGGCAUAACCAUUAAGGUGAAAGCAAAACAAAUCGAAGUUGAAGGACCAAGGGGCAAACUGGUCAGAAACUUCAAGCAUCUCAAUCUCGAUUUUCAGCUGAUUACGGACGAGGAAACUGGACAGAAGAAGUUGAAGGUUGAUGCUUGGUUCGGAUCUCGUAAGACGACUGCUGCUAUCCGUACCGCGCUUAGCCAUGUGGAUAAUCUUAUCACUGGUGUUACUAAGGGUUAUAGGUACAAGAUGAGGUUUGUGUAUGCUCACUUUCCUAUCAAUGCUUCCAUUACUGGCGGGAAUAAGUCCAUUGAGAUCCGUAACUUCCUUGGCGAGAAGAAGGUUCGGAAAGUUGACAUGCUUGAGGGAGUAACAGUUGUUCGAUCUGAGAAGGUCAAGGAUGAGCUUGUAUUGGAUGGAAAUGACAUUGAGCUUGUUUCUCGCUCCGCAGCCCUCAUUAACCAAAAAUGCCAUGUGAAGAACAAGGAUAUCCGAAAGUUUCUUGAUGGUAUCUAUGUCAGUGAGAAGGGUAGAAUUGAAGCAGAAGAAUGAGUACUUUAGAAGUAGGCAUGUUGGUGAUGAUUAAUAUCCCAAAUGCUGGUUUUUCCAGAUCCUUUAAGUUCAUUUGGAGACUAUAUAUUACAGACAUGUUUGAAUUUCAGUUUUCUAGUUAUUGUUUUGAAAUUUUGUGGUCUUGGUUGUUCUUUCAACUGUCUCAAAUAUUUCAGUUCUCGUUAUCUAUGAGUGGAAAUUGUUUUAUCCUAAA